UCAUACAAUAAUUUUCAAGGUUUUAGGUCCCAAACGCUUUAGCAGUUGAUGUACAGUGUAAAGUCGUAAUAUGGCUAUAAGUUUCUAAGAAACAACCAAAUCUAUGAAUAAUUAUCUUAAAACACAAUAGCUUUACUCAUAAUCCAAUUAUCUUUCAUCAAAUCCGGCGAAACAUCAAUAUGCUUGCUUCAACAUCUUCUUCUUCUGCUGCUGCUGCUGCUGCUGCUGCUGAUAUGAUCAAAGCAAGGACAUAUGAUGUUUUCCUUAGCUUCAGAGGCGAGGAUACUCGUGAUGGUUUCGUGAGUCAUCUGUAUAAAGAUUUGUGUCGAAAGAAUAUCCAAACUUUUAUAGACAGCGAGAUGCUUCCAAGAGGAGAUGAAAUUUCAGAGGCACUGUUAACGGCCAUUGAAGGAGCGAGGGCUUCAGUCAUUGUUUUCUCCAAAGACUACGCUUCUCCCAAAUGGUGCUUGGAUGAGCUGGUCAAGAUCAUGGACUACAACAAAUGUGUUGUUCCUGUUUUUUACGGUGUAGACCCCUCAGAUGUCCGGAACCAAACAGGGAGUUUUGCAGAUGCAUUUGCAAAGCAUGAAGAAAAUUUCAAGCAUCAUGUUGAAAAGGUGAAAUCCUGGAGAAGUGCUUUGACGUCUGCUGCCAAUUUAUCUGGUUGGGAUUUAAAAGAGAUUCGGUCCAAGGCAACAUUGAAAGACAAAAUUGUCAAAGAUGUAUUGAUGAAAUUGAAUCGUGGAACCUCAAGCGCUAAUUUAGAGGGUUUAGUUGGAGUUGAGAGGCGGAUGCAGAAAGUUUUGUCAUUAUUUCAAGAUGGAUUUCCAGAUUUUCAAAUGCUAGGUAUUUGGGGUAUGGGAGGUACAGGCAAAACUACACUUGCUGAAGCCAUUUUUUACCAUCUUUUAAAUGGUUUCCAAAGUUGCUUCUUUCUUCCGAACGUGAGAGAAUCAGAUGAGCAAGGAACAUUAUUUCAAUUGCGUCAGCAACUUUUUUCAACCAUAUUGGAGGAUGAAAAUUUAUAUAUCUCAACUCCCAGAAUCGGAUCAGGCUUUAUUAAGGACAGGAUUUCCAGGAAAAAAGUUCUGAUAGUUUGUGAUGAUGUGUCUAAGUCAAGGCAACUCGACUAUUUAUUUGGAAGAAACAAUCGACUCGGCCCUGGAAGUCGAGUCAUCGUUACAACUAGAGAUAAAAAAGUGCUUAUCCAAUAUGGCAUUCACCUCAUUUAUGAAGUGGAGGUAUUAGACAGAGAUGAAUCUGUUCAGCUCUUUUGUCAACUUUUUGCUAAUGGAAACCCCUUGGCUAUUACACUUUUCGGGACCUCUAUUUAUGGAAAGGACAAAAACUACCAGGAAAGUGCAGUAAAAGAACUAAAGCAGAUUCCUAACCCAGACAUUCUUAAAUUGUUGAGAAGCAGUUUUGAUGGACUAAAUCCUGUAGAGAAAGACAUAUUUCUUGAUAUUGCUAGUUUCUUGAAAAGGGAGGAUUUAGACUUUGUAAGAAGGCUUAUGGAUGCUUUUUAUGGCUCUGCACAUUCAAGUAUUGAGAACCUCAUUGAUAAAUCCCUUAUAUCUGUUUCACAACAUAAGAUAGAAAUGCAUGAUUUAUUGCAACAGAUGGGUCGGGAUAUCAUUUACAAUGAAUCACCUUCAGAGCCUGAAAGACGCAGUAGGUUAUGGAUUCCUAAUGACAUUUAUAAUGUGCUAACAGAAAACAGUGGGACGAAAACACUCAAAGGCAUGCUACUUGAUAUGUCCAAAAUUCCAAAAUUGGAAUUAAAUGCAGAAGCCUUUGGGAAGAUGCGGAAACUUAAAUUCCUCAAAUUCUAUCACUCUUGCAAGACAAAUUCCAAAAUCUUUCUUCCUCAAGGGCUUUUAUCACUUCCUAAUGAGCUAAGGUUUGAUCCAAGGAACCUAGUUGAACUUAAUAUGAGUUUUAGCAAUCUCGAACAACUUUGGGAGGGAAAACGGGAUUUAGGAAAUUUGAAGGUUAUCAGUCUUUUCUAUUCUAAGAACCUUGUAAGACUCCCGGACCUCUCAAGUGCCACCAAUCUUGAAAAGAUAGAUCUGAUGGGGUGUUCUAACUUGCGUGAGCUUCCUUCAUCCCUUCAUCAACUGGAGAAGCUAACUGAAUUGGGUAUCGAGUGUUGUACAAAUCUUAGAUCUCUGCCUAGCUUUUAUAAAGCCACAUCCCUCACGAAACUUUUUCUUACUGGCUGCAUUAAUCUGUUAAGCUUUCCAGAGGUUUCAUCGAAUGUAACAGAGCUAUGUUUACAUGGAACUGCAAUUGAAGAAGUUCCUUCCUCCAUCGAAUGUCUCUCUAAUCUUUGUGUAUUCACACUAACGAAUUGCAAGAGGCUUAAAUCUCUUCCCACAAGUAUUCAUAAAUUGAAAUCUCUGGAGUAUUUCUAUGCUGAAGGUUGCUCAAGAUUGGAGGCUUUCCCAGAAAUCUUGGACACCAUGGAGGAUCUUGAUUUAAGCGGAACCGCUUUGAAGGAAUUACCAUCAUCAAUUGACAAUUUUAUUGGUCUUGAGAAAUUGGUAUUGAGUAAUUGUGAAAACCUUGUUUGCCUUCCUACCAACUUUUAUAAAUUGAAAUCUCUUGAAAAUUUGGAAGUUAAAGGUUGCUCAAGAUUGGAGGCUUUACCAGAAAUCUUGGACAUCAUGGAGCAGUUGAGGGAACUUAAUUUAAACGGAACGGAUGUGAAGGAAUUACCAUCUUCAAUUGACAAUCUUAUUGGUCUUGAAAAAUUGGUAUUGAACAACUGUGAAAACGUUGUUUGCCUUCUUGACAGCUUUUGUUGCGGUGAUUCUAAUCUAUUAGUAAAACACACGUUUACUGCCAUUGGGUUAUCCUCAUUGAAGAAGUUAAAUUUAUCUGAAAGCAAUCUUGAGAACUUGCCCACAACCAUCAAACAAUUUCCUUACUUGGAAUGGUUAAUCUUGAGGAAAUGUAAGAGACUGAAAUCAUUACCAGAGCUUCCACCAAGCCUGGUAUAUUUAGAUGAUCAUGACUGCACUUCAUUAGAGGAUGUCAAAAGCAUUAAGAAGCUUUUUGAGCAAGCAGUGCUUUAUGAGGAUGGGAGAUGGUUAAUAGUCUAG